GGCUCAAGUUCAGGAAACUCGCAUCUCAAUUGAAGGCAUGACCUGUUCCUCAUGUACAGCCACGGUAUCUCAGAUUCUCAACGAUCUUCCUGGGGUAUCAAACGCCAUCGUAGACUUGGUCACUAAUUCCGCCACCGUGAUCCAUCAUACUUCUGGUAUCUCGCCUAAAUCCCUGAUAAGUGAGAUCGAAAGUGCCGGGUAUGGUGCUAUCAUCAUUGGGAUUCGUUUGCUAAAUGCACCCACCACCCGCCGGACCCAGUUCAGUAUUGAAGGCAUGACUUGCAGUGCAUGCACAGGGGCCAUUCAGGAUGUUGUAUCUCAGCUGCCAGGUGUCAAAAAUUUCACUAUCUCGUUAAUGACGAACUCGAUGGACAUCACCUACGACCCUUCCGCGCUCACCCCGGCAGCGAUUUCAAGUACGAUCGGCGACAUGGGAUAUGAAGUGCCGAAGUGGUGUCACAUCGAAACGGAGCAAUCUUCCCAGGCCAUCAAGGCCGAGCGAAUUGUCGAACUAAAAGUGGAGGGUGUGAUUUACGACGAUUCCCCGGCCCGCGUUAAUGCGUAUCUCGAAUCUCUGGACCUCAUUUCGUUCACUCCCGUAUCUUGUGACUUUCAUAGAACCAAGAUUCACUACAAGCCCUCGCUAGCCCUGACAAUCAGAGAAAUUCUCGCAUUCCCCGAGCCAUUCAAAGCUACUCUACACACCCCGCCCUCUCUCAUGGCCCGUUCCCGCAAGAUACAACAAAAGGAGGCUAAACAUCUGACUCGUUUGUUCCUGAUGAGCUUCGCGCUUUCAAUACCCACGUUUGCAAUUGGUGUAUUGGCGAUGAUCCUUCUUCCAGAACAUAACUCGUUUAGGAUGUGGUGGGAGACCCCUUUCUGGGGAGGAGCGACAAGGGCAACCAUUGUGCUUUGGAUUGUAGCUACACUUGCGCAGUUCGGAGUCGGCUGGGUUUUCUAUAAGCGUGCGUACAAGGGCACCUUCAUGCGGAGAAAGGGUCGAUGGACAUGGUCUCGGUUGGUCCACUUCGGAAAUAUGGACCUUUUGGUUGCGCUAUCUACCAGUGCAGCGUACGCAGCCAGUGUUGGUGUCAUGGCCCGAGACAUUGCGCAGGGUGCAAAGAUCACGAAAAAAAUGGUGUCAGAAAUCACCUACUUCGACUCUAGCGUGUUCAUCAUCUUUUAUAUAUUGAUGGGAAGAGUAUUGGAAGGACGCGCGAAAGUCCGAACUGGCGACGCAAUCGCGCUUCUUGGAAGCAUGCGUCCGCAGCAUGCCUUGCUGGUGUGUGGUAUGAUGGAAAUCGAUGUGGGUGAGGCGGAAGUGGAAGAAGAAAAACUUGGUCACCGAAGGGCGACCCCCAUCCCAGUCGAAAAUGUUGAAUUGGGGGAUUAUAUCCUUAUCCAACCAGGGGAUGUCCCGCCAGCCGAUGGCACCAUCGUGUCAGGAACCACUUCAGUUGAUGAAUCCUCCCUCACUGGCGAAUCAAUCCCAGUUUUCAAAGGGAAAGGGGAUCCAUUCAUGACGGGGACUACGAACCUCACAUCCCCAGUAAUUAUUCGCGUGAACGAGAUUGGUGACCAAACAAUGCUGCAGAAAAUUGUGCAAUUGGUCGCUGAAGGACAGAGUCGCAAGGCACCUAUCGAACGCCUAGCGGAUUCUAUUACAGCUGUCUUCGUCCCCAUUGUUGUUUGGUUCUCCACUGUCGUUCUCAUCACCUGGUUGUUACUCUCUCUUUUGAAAGUCAUCCCUGACUCGUAUAUUCCCUACGGUCGUACCGACGUCGGUGACCGAAUCUUCUUCGCCUUCGGGUUCGCCAUCAGUUGCCUUGUGACCGCCUGUCCUUGCGGGAUCGGCUUGGCUGCACCAACGGCCCAGGCUGUGGGAUCGGGACUCGCAGCGAAAGCUGGAAUUCUCGCGCAGGGGGGAGGCGAAGCAUUCCAGAUGGCGGCGAAAGCUGACACAGUCGUUUUCGAUAAGACCGGGACACUCACCACAGGAAACACAAUAGUCACUCAUCUCAACACAACGGGGGAUGUCCCAGACUGGCUUUUCCAUGGGGUUCGUUCUAUGGAGGCCAGGUCGAGUCAUCCGUUGGCUUUGGCUGUUCACAAGUUCUGUUCCCAGAGCUUCGGGGAAGAGAGCGAUGUUCGCGUCGAGUCAAUGGAAGAAAUCCCUGGUAAAGGACUCAAAGCAACCAUCCUCCUCGCCGACGGUAACCGGUACACUGUCCUUAUUGGCAACGAGAGAUUCAUCAUCAUAGAGAACGGUGUCAAGCUUGAGAACGGUAGGCAUCUCGAUGCCGUGCGCUCUCAGCAGGCUUCAGGACAGACGGUCGUAUUCGUUGCCUCCAUGAAGCAAGGGGGCGAGGAAAUAGAAACAGAAGACGCUGCUCCCAACCUCAUGGCUUCCUUUUCUAUCUCUGAUACGAUUCGACCUCACUCGCGCACCACAGUAGAGCAACUUCGUGCCUCAGGCCGUGAAGUCUUCACGCUCACCGGAGAUAAUGAAAUUACAGCGCGGGCCGUUGCCAUGCAACUAGGAAUCGAAGCUGACAACGUAGUGGCUGGAGUCCUGCCGCAGGGGAAGGCAGAAUUCAUUAACAAACUCAAAGAACGAAAACGAUUGGUGAAGCCUUGGUAUUCGUUUCAGGCAAAGGAGAUGCGUUCCAUUGUUGCUUUCUGUGGUGAUGGUCUCAAUGAUACUGCCGCACUCACCGCUGCUGACGUAGGAGUGGCGCUUGCACAAGGAUCCCAAAUUACGAUUUCAGCGGCUUCUUUCGUCCUCCUGUCCCAACAGAAUAUCCCAACCUCUGUGCAUACCUUGUUGGAGCUCUCCCGCAAGGUUUAUAACAGGCAGAAGUUGAAUUUUGGAUGGGCAAUGGUGUACAAUGUAAUGUUGUUGCCCAUUGCGGCUGGCGCGUUGUUUGCACAUAACCAUACCCGACUUCCACCUGUUUGGGCAGCGUUGGCAAUGGCUCUCAGUUCCGUGAGUGUAGUUAUAAGUAGUCUGGCUUUGCAAUGGGGGUGGUAGCCGUCUACUCGUUACCGUGGAUGUCUAUAUUAGCAUAAACUCGUCUAAAACAUAUAGAAGGAACAAUGUGG